AUGCUGCAUCUUAGCUCCUCCCUGGAACUUCCUGGAACUUUCUCCAACUGCCUCCCCAACGGCCAACUGCUGCCUCCUCUCCUGGCACUCCAGGAACCUCCCUUAAAACUCCCAUACUCUCAACACUGGCAGACCCUGAUUGCCUUAAGGGCCCAAACUGUGGGGCACCCUGGAGGGAACUUGUUGCCCACCUUGUCCAGCCCAGAAAACUGCCAAGAUUUCUCACCUUCCUGCAGCCACCACCCAACAGCUCCCACAGUGCUCUGGGUGUCCACGGACUGGACAAUGAGGCUGGCCGUGGCAGCCCUGUUUCUGGGUCUCACGAUGGUGGUCUCCAGAGAUGUGGAGGAAGGCGACUUAUGUUUGUACGAGCCCCUGUCUGACGCCGAUGCUGUCCUCUGCAAGGGCCUUGAAGUUUUCUACCCAGAGCUGGGGAACAUUGGCUGCAUGAUUAUUCCUGACUGCAACAACUACAGACUAAAGAUCACCCACUGGGCUGAGCCCAUAGUCAAGUUCCCUAGGGCCUUGGAGGACGCAAACUACAUCCUGGUGAUGGUAGAUCCAGAUGCCCCGAGCAGGUCUUCACCCAAAGCUCAGUUCUGGAGACACUGGCUGGUAACUGAUAUAAAGGGCGUUGAUAUAAAGAAAGGGAAGGUCCAGGGCCAGGAGUUGUCACCCUACCAGCCUCCGUCCCCACCAGCACAAAGUGGCUUUCACCGCUACCAGUUCUUCGUCUAUCUUCAGGAGAGACAGAACAUCUCUCUCCAUUCCAAAGAAAACAAAACUCGAGGCUCUUGGAAAAUGGACAAAUUCCUGAACCGCUUCCACCUGAGCGAACCUGAAGCAAGCACCCAAUUCAUGACCCAAAAUUACCAGGACUCGCCCAAUUACCAGGCCCCCGGAGCCGGAAGCAGUGAGCUAAAGGACAAACCCACGUAGAGAUAACUGCCUGCCAGACGUCAGGCUUCACGCCGCAGGUG